AUGCUGGACAAUCCUGCCGGCAAUCAUGGCGUCACUCAAGGCGUCGACAACGACCAGUCCGACGCCUUCAGGUACGAGCUGGGCACCUUUAACCGUGAGAGUGUGCUCGCCUCCUUCGAUCGCGGCGAUGACUUCGCUCGUAUGCGCUUUCCGCCUGCCACCCCGAACCAGAUUUUCGGACGUGUUGGAAAUCCUGCCAACCCGUUGGUCGCUGGAUGGAAGAACUUCCACCUCACCACCACUGACCGUGAUCUGGAUGCCGAGGCGCAAGACCGUCUCCACGACGGCCAACUCUUCCGUCUCAACCGUCAGGCGCGCGGAGAGGUCAUCAAGCAACCUGUGCGCAAACAAUAUGACCCCAACAGCACCAUGUUUGGUCCUCCAGCCCGUCGUAGCGAACCUGCUCUGAACCCGAGCCUGAACAACCCGGGUGAAGCUGACCCUUUGGCUCUGGCUAAAGCGCUCCAGUUCAAGGGUUCCUACAAGGGCGGAAAAGCCCGCCCCUCGGUCUCUAGCCCACGCCCGCUUGCUUCGAACAACAGACCCUUCGCUCCUUCGGGGCCUUCGCGUCGCGGAGGAUAUGCCGUUAGUGGCCGCGCCGGCUAUAUCCCGAACAACACUGGACACAAUGCACCGAUGAUGGACCGCGCCAACAGUUCCAUGUCGUCUGUGUCGAUGGCGAGCUCGACGGUGGGCAGCUCUUCCUCCAGCGCCAUCCUCGCUACGAACCGCAGACAUCCUCCUGCUACCAAAGCAGGCCAGCUCGCUUCGCCUGAUGAGUUCAUGGCAGCUGUAAAGAAGAGUGGUCUUGCCGGUUCAAAGUAUGCGCCAAAGGAGGAGAACAAGAAAGAGGAGCAGCAGAAGACGGAGGCGACUGAAUCCACUGAGCCGGAGAUGCAGUCUGCUGUGAAAAAUGGCCUCUCCGGAUCGAAGUAUGCUGGUUGA